CCCGUGCCCGAGCGGCGGAACGGCCCCGGCGGCGCAAAAUGGCCACGGCGCUGCACAAGCCCCUCAAAUGCCUGGGGGAGGAGUUUUACCGCGAGGCGCUGGAGCACUGUCGCAGCUACAACUCGCGGCUGUGCGCGGAGCGGAGCCUCCGCCUCCCGUUCCUGGAUGCUCAGACAGGCGUGGCCCAGAGCGACUGUUAUAUCUGGAUGGAGAAGACCCACCGAGGGCCUGGCUCAGCCCCGGGUCAGAUUUACACGUACCCAGCUCGUUGUUGGCGCAAGAAACGCCGACUCAGCAUUUUGGAGGACCCACGGCUGCGCCCCUGUGAGUACCCUCCAGACUGCGACGCCCCCCUUAAGAAAGAAGGGGGGGUAUUACCCGAGGGACUCCUGGAGGCGUUGCUUUGUGCUGAGGCUGGGGAGAAGAAGGUGGAGCUGAAAGAAGAGGAGACAACGCUGGAGUGUGCG